ACUUAUUAAAUAGAAUGGUGAUGUGGACUAGCUGCAGGAUUGAACUUUCAAGCAGGUUAUGAUAUUUCUGGUUGCUUGUUUAACCAGAAACUGCUGGAAGGCUAUGGGAAACUGUUUUGGGAAGUCAGAGAAAGAAGAAACUCUAGAGGAAAAGGAAGAGCGUCGAAGGCGUACAGCAGAGGCGGCCUCAAAAAGACUGAAAGCAGAGGAGGGAAGGGGACUGGCUGACCCGGAAAAAGUGAAGAGAGAUAGGGAGAGAAGAGAGGAGAUUGAGAGAGCAGCCGAGGCCAGACAAAGACAGAAUGAGAGAGAUGAAAAGAUCGUACAGCAGUGGCAAUCAUGACAUCCAAAUGGAAUUCACAAUGCAGAGAAAAUUCAAGGCGUUCUCCAAACAUUUAAAAUGCGAAUUUAUUUUGAGCAAUACAACAUGAGUGGCCUCCUCGACCCUUAAGUGCUUUUGCAUCAAUCCUCAUUUUGUAUAUUUCGAAUCAUAGAAAAGUUUUUAAUUCAAUUAAAUUGCCUAAAUAAUGCUUGCUCAGUAAUUUAGAUUUCGUAUUUCGA